AAAUUUAUAAAAAAAAUGAAGAGACAAAUUUAGUUAGCAACAAAAUUUCAUCUUUCAAAAUACGAACAAAAAAAAAUCUACAGACCACUUAUAACCUUCCAAAUUUAGAACAAUUGGAAACAACAAGUUUAAAUGCAAAGACAAAUGCAGAGGUAAGAGAACUAAUUGACGAACAGAAUGAUACGGAUGAGACUGAUCUGGAUGAAGAGGAUGACAGUCAACUAGAAAUUGAUAGAGAUUUGGAAUUAGACUUACAAAAUAAAAUUAGCAAAAUGAACAAUUGGUAA